AAUAGAUUUAUAACCACUUAAUUAUAUAGUAAUUCUUAAUUCGUUUACUAUUUUUUGAAAUGAAAGUUAUUUAUAUGGAAUUUCAAGUGCAAUUAUCUACAAGUUUGUUUUCUAGAUUAUGUAUGCUGAUACAAGCGAAAAACUUGACUUAUCGUUACACCAAUUAAAAAGCAUAAAAUUAACGCACCCAAAGUUUUAUAUUAGGGUUAAAAAAUACUAUAACAAGAGAAAGUUUGAAUUUGUCAUGUUAUAUAGAAAAGACUUAGUUAUUCGAAACCACAAUACAAAUAAUUUUAGUGAAGCAACAAUAAGAAUCCUUAAAGAUAUUGUUUUAUGUAGAACAAAAGCAUUCAAUGUUGCAGCACUUGUAGACUAUACUGUCAAUGUUUGGGACAGAUAUUAUAGCAACCGUCUUCUGAAUACUGCAUAUAAUCGUUGCUCUGCCUAUGAAAUAUUCUACAACAAAUUAUGUCAAAAAUCUGAAAAAAUAAACAUUAGUUCUAUUAAAUUGUUGGAGAGGAACACUUACAUUGUACCUAGUUUUAAAAAUUCAAAUGUCGAAUAUACAGUCAAUAGUGACGUUGGCUACUGUUCAUGUCCUAGUGGUAGGCAAGGUGGAUUCUGUAAACACAUGGCUGCAAUACAUAAAUUUUUUAAAAUUAAUUUUCCGUGCGCUCCACCUAUUACAUCGAAAGACAGAUACGAACUUGGGAAGCUUGCACUUGGAUCGAAGUGCCCUGAACCAGAAUUUUUUUUAAGUUUGAGAGAUAUAGAUCAAAGCGAAAUUGAAAUAUCUUCUAAUAUUUUAGUUGAAACUCAAGAAAACUGUUUGAUCUCUGGCGAUGCAAAUAACGAAGAUAUUUUGUCAUUGACGUGUACUGAAAAAAAAAACCAAUCGGAAUCUUUAAAUACAGAUUGUGAAGAAUUUAUAUUUGAAUUUAAAAAGUUAUUAGAUUUAGCUAAAAUCGAUCCCAAUUCUAAAAAAAUUAUUAAUAGUUUAAAGCUUAGACUGAAAAGUGUCAAUACCACCGAAAGCGCUUUAGCAACUCUGUUUUCAUUAAAAACAGCAUUAUGCUCAAAAAGAAGAUUCGGACAAAUUAAAACGCAACCGACUGCUGCUGCGAGACGAAGAGAAGGUCUGACACGUGGUAGUAGACCAGUGCCGAUGGGACGACCAACUAAAGUUGAAGGAUUAUCUAAAGUCGAUAUUUCAACAACAAGUCAACUUAAAAUCAAACCUGGUCAAAAACUUUGCACUAACUGUUUGAAUGAAUUCAAACUUGAACAGAUUACAAGAAAAUUUAUUCAAGAAGAUGAAGACAAAGAUGUUGAUGAUGAGGAGUUUAGUUCUUCAGACCUAAAUAAGACAGUUUUAAAUAAGAGUGACUCUUUACUGGAAAUAUCUCCUCUAAAAAAUGUAAGUAAACGUGACAAAUUAGAAUAUGGAAAGCAAAAAGUUAAAAAACUGGAAACAAGUAUGACAAACCUAGUGGCAUCAGCAUUAGAUAUAGACCCAAAGGAAAUAAUAUCUGAGAAAAAGCAAAAGUGCAUUAACUGUAAUGAUUUAGACAAACUUUUAGAUGCAAUAAAGGAAAAAGUAAAAAUCAGUUUGAAUGAAGAAAAAGUUCAGUUACUAACAUUAACUCUUGAUAGUUGGUCAAUUAAAAAAUCUUGCAAUGCAUUUUCAGUUUUAAACCAUUUUGUUAAGAAAGCCGGAGAGCUGAAAAUUAAAAAGGGAAUACUUGCUAAACCUGAGGCUAAAAAAGGACAUCUUUUGGAAGAUAUUGUUAGGCAGAGAGUCACUUAA